AUGGGAACGAUUUUGGUGCUGACGCACAUAUUGCCCUUAUCAUCGAAACCCUUGCCGUCUUCGGCAAAGAUCCUGGCUGCCUUCGCUUCAUCGUCGGCGAUAACUGUGCCACAAACCAGGCCAUAG